AUGUCGGUUCCUGCUUCACAAAGAACCUCGCGUGCUUCCUCGACGUCUUCAACGGGAGCAAAGCCCAUGUCCACUGUUGAGAGUAGUGUUACAAAGCUCCUAAUUUCCACGAAAACACUUUUACAGAGAUUGACGCAAUGGUCUAAGAAGGCAGCUACUGAAAGUCAAGUAUCAGAUGCAUAUGUGCAACUUGGCAAUGAUUUUAAACUGGUUUCCAAGCACUUUGCUCAUGCUGGUAUAGAGGUGAAUGAUUUAGGCGAUGUGCCGAUGGAACUACGCCGUGUGUUGGAGGUUGCUCUUCGAGAACCUCCUUCUGAGGAAACACUAAACAGAUACUUACCUCAGAUUCGGGAAAUAAUUGUGAAUCUAUUGGAGAAGUUAAAGGCGAAACAGUAUCGGUUGAAGCAGAGCAAAGGUGAGCGGAGGACGUCCGCUAUGUCAAGCAUGAAUUCCACAAAGUCUUCACAACCAUACUCACAGCAGGGCUACGAUUCUUCGACGGUUAGUGUCUCUAGUAGGGAUUCGAGUGUGCCUAUAAAUCGUCUGGAAGGUAUGGAGAUAUACUCUACUUCUAAUAUGGCUCUUCCCAGCGUUCCGGAUGGUGUAAUCGCAAAGCCAACGUCGAAUAGCCGGGUAUCAACACCGAAACCAUCUCCGCAUAGUAACAGCGAAUAUGAUCCUUUGUCUCAGUUGAAGAAAGGAGUUACACUACAGAGGCGUGCUUCUAAACGGUUUUCAGCGUAUCAUAUGGCAAAAUUGACUCACUUAAAUAAUGUCGAAGCGCCGACACCCUCUUUACCGACAUCAACAGACUAUAGCUUUCAGGGCACAACUACUGCACGCAAUGUUUCUGUGAAAAGAGACGAAAGCAUGGUAUCAGAACAUAUAGAGGAUGGGACUGACAUAGGCACUACAAAAUCAGAGACGCUUAAUCGACAGUCUCGGUAUAUCGGAGAUGGAUCGACGAUAACAGUGUUUCUAAAAUUAAACAAUAAAGUCAAGAAAGGCAAACUCACGCUACCAGUGACCUUUAACCAAAUAAGAUUAUUAUUUGUAGAGAAAUUUACUUAUUCGCCCGGGGGUGAUGCAUUUCCAGAUAUUUAUAUUCAUGACCCAGGCUAUGAUGUUGCAUACGAGUUAGAGGAUUCCCAAAUGCACUAUAUCAAGGAUGGAACUUUGCUACAGCUGAAUAUAGAACCCAGCACGACACAGAGUGUAGAUUUAGUUGAAAAAUUCGAGAAGCUUAGAAAAGAAAUCCUAGAAUCCCAGCGAGUAGCUCUUUCUGAGUUCAAAAAGGUGGUCACUUCCAGUUAUAAUUCUGACGUUAAACCUAGAUCUGUCUCUCCUAAAACUGGAGUACCACCUCCUUCCCAAAUAUCAACACAAGUCCGUGAUAUCAAGCAUGAGUUAUCUAUUCUAAGCCAGGCGCACAACACGAGUAAAAAAUCCUUAACGGAUACAAUUAAUCAUAUAUUGGAGAAAGUUAAAAAAUUCCAAUCUUUAUCCUUUAACGCAUCUACUUCAUCGAACAGGGUUUAUAUGGAACAAUCGCAAACUAAACUGUCUGAAUUGUCUGAUAUUUUAUUAGCAAAAGUCGAUGAUCUCCAAGAUAUUAUUGAGGGAUUAAGAAAAGAUGUGGCAAUAAGAGGGGCAAAGCCAACAAGGAAGAAAUUGGAUGCGGUCCAAAAUGAGCUUAAACGAGCUACGGAAGACUUAGGAAAAAUGGAAGCAUAUAUUAAUAUUGAAAAGCCUAAUUGGAAAAUGAUAUGGGAGUCGGAGUUGGACAAAGUCUGUGAAGAGCAACAAUUUUUAACCUUGCAGGAAGACUUGGUAUUUGAUUUACAAGAAGAUUUAAAUAAAGCAAAUGAAACUUUUGACUUAGUUAGACUAUGUUGUGAAGAACAGGAAAAGAAUCCAAACCGAUCAAGAACCAAUCCAAUUUUGCCAUUAGUCAAACCAGGUACAAUGAAUGAGCUAAGAGAUCGCCUCUUGUCAGAAGUUCAAAGUUUAAACCCAGAUCACGAAAGCAGGGUACAGGCAAUUCAGAGGGCAGAAAAGUUAAGGGAAAAAGAACUUCAGUAUAAAGAUGGUAAUGCAUUUGAAUUGGAAUUGGAAGAUUUUGUAGGUAGUGGUGCAUUUAAGAGGGCUGGGGGUAUUGAAGAAGUAGAGAGGCUUAGAAAAGAGAGAGACGAACAGAACUUGCGCCAAAAUUUUGGAGGUAUAUAA